UAUUUGGCGGUGUGGUGUGUGCGGUCGGACUGUGGUUGUGUUUCAGGUCUGGUCGCGUUGAUAACACUUCGGUCGCAUUUCAUCGCGGAGAGAUGGGAAUUCAGAAGAAAUGGCUCUAAGACGAAUAAUCCUAACGUUGCUGGCCCUGUUCGGCUUGGUGGCGGUCGGUAGCGCUCUACGUUGCAACUGCACAAACUGUGAGAAGACGGGCUACGAAUGCGAGACAGAUGGCGCCUGCAUGGCCUCCACAUACUCCAUCCAGGGGAAUGAGCAGCAUGUACGCAUCUGUAUCAACCGGGAUAACCUGGUCCCCCCUGGGCAACCUUUCUACUGCCUGAGCGCUGAAGGCCUGCUCAACACACAUUGCUGCUAUGAAGAUUACUGCAAUAGUAUUGACCUGAAAGUCCCUGUCCCAACAAAAGGGGACUGGCCAGGCUCAGGGAGCUCCUGGGGGCCGGUGGAGCUGGUGGCGGUCAUCGCAGGGCCCGUGUUCCUUCUAUGUGUGCUGCUGAUGGUUGGCGUGUUCCUGUUCCAGUAUCAUCAGAGGGCCUACAGCCACAGGCAGAGGCUGGAGGUAGAGGACCCAUCCUGUGACCAUCUAUACUUGGCCAAGGACAAGACCCUGCAGGACCUCAUCUAUGACAUGUCCACCUCCGGAUCAGGCUCUGGUCUGCCCUUGUUUGUGCAGAGGACGGUGGCGAGGACCAUCGUGCUGCAGGAGAUAAUAGGAAAGGGUCGCUUCGGUGAGGUGUGGAGAGGGAAGUGGAGGGGAGGAGAUGUGGCGGUGAAGAUCUUCUCUUCCAGAGAGGAGCGCUCCUGGUUCAGAGAGGCUGAGAUCUACCAGACAAUCAUGCUGCGCCACGAAAAUAUCCUAGGGUUCAUUGCAGCAGACAAUAAAGACAAUGGCACAUGGACUCAGCUGUGGCUGGUGUCGGACUAUCACGAGUACGGCUCUCUUUUCGACUACCUGAACCGCUACUCUGUCACCAUCGAGGGCAUGAUCAAACUGGCACUGUCGGCUGCCAGCGGCCUCGCACACCUUCACAUGGAAAUCCUCGGCACUCAGGGUAAGCCCGGCAUUGCUCACCGUGACCUCAAGUCUAAAAAUAUCCUGGUUAAGAAAAACGGCAUGUGCGCCAUAGCUGACCUCGGACUGGCAGUCCGCCACGAGUCCAUCACAGACACAAUCGAUAUAGCACCUAACCAGCGAGUGGGCACAAAGAGGUACAUGGCUCCAGAAGUCCUGGAUGAAAGCAUCAACAUGAAACACUUUGAUUCCUUCAAAUGUGCUGACAUUUACGCACUGGGCCUGGUGUACUGGGAGAUUGCGCGUCGCUGCAACGCAGGAGGUAUCCACGAGGAGUACCAGCUGCCCUACUAUGACCUCGUGCCCUCUGACCCCUCCAUAGAGGAGAUGAGGAAGGUGGUGUGUGACCAGAAACUGAGGCCCAAUGUGCCCAACUGGUGGCAGAGCUAUGAGUCACUGCGUGUAAUGGGGAAGAUCAUGAGGGAGUGCUGGUACGCCAAUGGAGCAGCCAGACUGACAGCCCUGCGCAUCAAGAAGACUCUGUCUCAGCUCAGCGUGGAGGAGGACAUCAAGAUGUGAGCGGCCAGGCGGCGGGGGGGGGGGGGGAGGCGUGCUGGAGACGCACAACCAGACCACACUCCCAUCGGAAAACGAACACUAAAAGACAGACUGCAAAUGAAAACCCUGCCAGUUUUAAAGCCACACUCCAAGUUGUGACGAGGCCUACCUCACCUUUUUAGCCAAAACUACUGAGAGUCUACUGACUUUUCUCCUUCCCCUUCCUCCCUUUUUGUUCCUCGGGUCUCCUCCCUGCUCCCUUCAACCUCCCCUUUCCAUGGGCCACAAACACUACAGCACUACCACUGUUAAUAUCAUCACACUCAACCGUUUAUUUUUUGUUUUCAUGUCCCAUGGCAGGAAUUAUUACUAUUGUACAGUGACGGGAUUUCUUUUUGUUUUUGUGUUUUGUUUUUUACCUCUCUGAAACAGAAGAGUCAAGAAUGUUGUGGGUUUUCAAGUUCAAGAAUAAUAACACUUCAUAUUCUGUUGGCCAUGCAACAUAACAGUCUGUUGCUGUGUGUGUGUGUGUGUGUGUGUUUGUCUGUGAGGGGGAACUAGGCUGAAGCACUGUUUCUAGUCAUGUGUGUUAAAGGUAUCUGGACUACUAGCAUGUUUCUAAGACACUAAGAUGUCCUGUGGUGUAGGCUGUAGUUCAUUAGACAAAACCAAUUAUGGGACAUUUGGUAAUUAAGCAUGAGCAGCCAGAUUUCUUUUUAAUCCCUCACUUGAAUAUAAAUGCGUCGCACUCAACUGUAGCUUCCUCAUCGUGCGUGAGACCUGCAGGUAUCGCAUGACAGAAGUGGUCCGGCCCUGGUGUUAGUUUGUAAUAUGGCAGGGAUAAUGUCUGGGAUGGUUUUGCUUUUUAUUUAUUUGUUGAUAGACUUUACUUCAUAUAUUGAUGAACACUGUGAGAUGAGAUGUGACAAGUCUUGAUAUGAAAAUUAAAACCUUGUAGUGUCAAGUCUUCACCGUCUUACAGAUCUUGGAUUAAGGGGGUUUUUAGCAUUUGUUUAAUAAGAUACUGAGUGCAAAUCUGGAUGUAGCCAGAACCCCGUUUGCGACAGACGAUGGCGUCGUUCAACCUGAGCAAAUAAGAGGCGUAUAAAAUGGCAAUGAAAAAUACUAUUUUUUUUUUUUUUUUUUUUUUAAAUAUCUUUUUGUGCUUUCGUGUAAAGACAUCAUGAUGGGUGUUUUCUUUUGACUUUGACAUUAGACACUACUGAUGAUGGGUACAUAUGAUUUGUAUAUAAAACAUGCAUAUAUUCUUCCUUUUUGUUUUUGCCACAAGCACCGGUGUGACAUUUGAACAGUGAUUUUGCUUGAAUGGUACUUUCAGAAGUCUGUUUGAUUUAUCUGUCUGCAUGGUUUCUAACUGUGCCAGGAAAUGGACUGCGUCAUCUGCUGGAAUUUGGGGUUGUGUUUGUGUGUUUUUUUUUUUUUUUUUAAAACUGGCACCUCUCAUGGCAAUUUGGUGGUACUACUGAUCCCAGAUAACUUCUGUCUGUUUGUUUUAUUUUUUUUCGUUUUUUUUAUAAUGUAUAAUUGUUGGAAUUGCUAGUUGAGUUCUUUUCAGAGCUCAGCAAUGCGGGUGUGUUUCUACGUAUGUCCUCCGGGGUGCAUCUCUUUCUCAUUGACACUGGAAUAUGGAAUGGAACAUCUAACCUUGAAUUCUGAUACUGCCAGUGGCUAUAUAUGUUCAGAAACAAGACAGCUGCUGACAAUUCACACACAAGAGAACAUACAGUUAGAUGUGAAAAGUAGUUGAGACGUUUUACCGUCAAAGACUGACAUGCUUUUAAGUGAAACUGCACGUUUUCAUUCUACUUUGUCGUCUGCAGCUUUGAGUUUGUCUGCAGACAAAACUAUGAAAGUAUUACACUGACAUUCAUCACUAUUGGGCUCUGCACUGUUAUGUCCACAUGGACUCUAAUGUUAGUUAUGUCAUCAUGAACCAGAAUCCAUAUGUCAUUAUCCGUUUUGCAUGCUGUCUUAAACACUGGGUCCUCUGCACUGAGGUAGACUUGUCUUUCCCUGUUUUUCUUUCUGUGUACCCCAGACAUGUUGCUGCUACUGUUAACAUGGGUAGAAGUUCAGCAGGCAGAUCGGAGGAGUAGAGCUGGGACGGGGGGGGAAAUGGAUGACUGCUGUCAGUUGAACCAAAAUUGUCAAAACACUCCUGUCCAUGUUUGGUUUGUUGCCAUGGUUAUGACCAUCAGACAUCCUAUUCACAAGUAAUUCUUCAAGAUUUCAAAAAUCAAGUUGUGCAAAUCUUUUCAGAAUUAGUUGAGAAGUGUGUGUGUGUAUGUAUGUAUGUAUGUAUGUAUGUAUGUAUGUAUGUAUGUAUGUAUAUAGAUAUACAAUAAAUUCCUCUUUUUCUUA